AUCUUCCAGAAGUUACUGCGAGGCUAGAAGGAGAGCUAGGGACCAGGACCUUGGAGAGAUUAUAUAAAGAUCUGGGAAAUAAACCCUUCAGCUUUGGGAAAGUCCAAAUUCUCAAAUUCUUGGAGGAGUGUCAUAACUGAAGGAGAGAAAGCAAAGAUCAUAGGGGAAAGGACAGCUGAAUUUGAAGAAGAUGUUUUGCCCAGUCACACAAACUGACCCAAGAAAGCAAGGUGAAACAUCUAGAAGAAGGCUAUAGUUGCAGGAAGAUGGCUCUUCAGUCAAAUCAGGAUGUUAUUUCCUCAGCAAUGCAGGAGUUUAACAAAUUACUGAAUCAGCAGGAUUUCACAUAUGCUGUAAUCUCUGAGAAAGACAUGGUUACCAUUGUGGACGACUGGAUGAACUACUACCUUUCAUUCUUCUCACAAAAGAUGUCAGGGGAUCAACAAGAACAGGAGAGAGCCAUGCAAAAACUUCAAGAGGAGCUUCGGUCUUCUGCCAACCCCUUCCUGGACAAGUACAGAGCCUUCCUAAAAUCCCUUUGAGUCUCCCCAUGUCUCCCAUUCCUGUCCCAUGUUUUUAUUUCUAAGAUAUGCCCAAUACUGAACCCUCUAACAAUCUUUUCCUCUCCCCUGAAACCUUGUUGUAUCUCAAUUUCCUCCAACCCUAAAGGGUAUAUACUUCAAUAAAUAUACACAUGGGAAUAUCUGA